UCAAAUGUACCCAUCGUCGUCAUUAUUCUCUAGUGCGUAUAGGUCAGGAUUCAACAAACUCAACAUUGAUUUUACUAAACUCUUCUUCUAAAAUAAAAAAAAAUGAAUUUCAUAAUACGGCGAGUGAUGAGUGGUGAUUUCCGCAUAAUGAAAAGGAUUAUGUACACAGCAGUGUAUGUAAUUGGCACAGUGCUAUUCAUAUUGGCUACUUAUUUUGUGACGAGCCAUCGCUACGAAGACGACAAAUCCAUUAACAAUUUAUUGGCACAUCCGAUUGAAAAGCCACGAACAAAUGAAAAUCAUUUGGUUGGAAUAUCAGAAUCGCCGAUUACGAACGUUCUGCUGGAGAAAUACAAUGAUUUCGAAGUGAAGAGCCGAUUGUUACGUGAAAAAAUUAAAAUGAUUCAGUCGAAUAGUGUCGAACGGCCACCAUAUAUGGCCGGUGAUACCUUGGUGGCAUUAAAUCGAUCGACGAAGAACAUUCACAUAUUCUAUUCAGACCCAGUACAAUGGUAUAAACCAUUUAACACCAGCAUAGUACGAGAUCCCAGUGCAACCAUUGAAAUAAAUGAAUUGAAUUCUGUGUUCUAUCCGAUGCUUGGUGUGUACACGACAACAAAUAAAAUUCUCGAACAUCAUCUGAACAACAUCAAACGCCUUGGUAUUAAUGUGAUUAUCCUCACAUGGAAACCGUCUGCUAAUAUUCCCGGUGAAUCGGUUGACCUGUUGAAGAAUAUAUUGAAUCUUGUGAAGAAAUACUUCGACUGUGAAAUUCAAGUGGCUUUAGAGAUUGACAGUUUUCCGGGAAGAACGGUUGAAAGUAUAAGGAACAUUUUAACUCUGUUGCACAGGGAAUAUCUGUGGUCGCAUCCAGCUCUGUACAGAGUGCAAGUCAAUUCGAAAAAUGCACUGUUGCCAAUGAUCUAUGUUCGAGAAGCGUAUCAAAUAUCAGACGAAGAAUGGUUCAAGAUAUUCUCGGUCCGUGGAAUAGGAAGCAUUCGAAAUACGAUCUACGACGCUGUAUUCAUCGGUCAUGUUAGUUCCAAGAAGCAUACCUCACUAAUUCGACGAGGACUGUUCGAUGGUUUUUACACACGGCUUGCUAGCAACGGUGCAACAUUCACAUCAACUUGGAAAAAUUGGGAACAACUCAAAAAGACAGCCGAUAAAUACAACCUGCUAUUUAUACCCACCGUCGGCCCGGGCUACAACGAAAAAAUGAAAGAACCGAAAUUCGGUGGGUUGAGGCGACAUCGGUCGAAUGGCCAGUAUUACGGAGUUGCUUGGCGUACUGCUUUCGCUAUUAGUGCACAAUUUAUAUCGAUAUCCAGCUACAAUGACUGGCCGUCGGGUACACAGAUCGAAGAGGCCAUUCCAUAUCCGGGAUGCAAGGACUAUCAACCGACUGGACCGAGGAAAUAUUUGGAAUUGACUAGGUACUAUGUGGACGAGUUUAUUAAGUGGAAGGAAAUUGGAACUGUAGGUGGAGCUUCUGAUUGCAAUCAAUUUUGGAAUAAUACGAUUUGCUAAAAAAAA